CGUCGCUCCGUGUUAGCCUGGAUGAAUUGCGAUAGUGACGAUAUGUCUAUGGCGGAUCUAGCCCUGCGUGCUCUAGGGAAGUUCACGCGCGCAGUUCGGACAUCGUCCUCGCACACCGUCUCGGCGAUGCACAAUAAUGUCCCUAACGUAAUACCAGUUGAUAGUGAGUCAGAGCCGGUCAGUGCUCCAAAAUAUGACAUCACGAGGGCAGACAUUGAGAAAUCUGACUCGCGACCUGAAGGAACGACCAAAGUGUCAUCAGUGGUUUGUGGCGACACUGCAGGAGAUGCCAGGGAAGAGACGCCGCCAUCUCAGGAGGGAAGCAGUCUGAUGAGAUCGCUUGGGGACGAGGCGAAGGGAUAUCCUGAGGUGAUGCUACAACAUCACAUAGAUAAUGGUGCCGACCUCCAACCCAUUUCAGGAGCUAGGUUGUCUCAUCUCUCCAAUACUCUGUCAAGCGGAAGAGUGCUCAAUCGGCCCGGAAUUUCUCCCUUCGUUCAUGACUCGGUGGAGUCGACGAUCACACUCGAGGCUCGAGAUUACACCGCUGAGCGAGCUGCGCGCAGUGAUGCCGGUUCAACAUUUCCGCGCCAGCCACGCGCCGCUGCAAUUCAGCCGCCAUCAUUUACUGAUCGCCGAAGCUCGUUUGUGGUGGGACUGACCCGUCUCUUGGUUGGGCCUAGUUGGUUAGAAAAUGUCUUCGACAUGCCGAGCGGAGCAAUUGAAACUGCGCGCUCGUCAGCAAAACAGCUCUCUACAGAUGUCCCACAGUCACAUAGUCGGCGCAUUGGACGUCCUCAGGCAAUCCACGAGGAAAUUCACCAGCGUGAAAUUGCAGAAAUCGACGCAAAACAUAUCGCUAUGAAAAAGGAACUCAUGUGUCAGAGUCUACAGGCAGCGUUGUCUUUGCCAAUGCUCUUGCGCAAGGUCCCGCGUGACAAGGUUGCGAAGGCGUUCGCCAGCGACAUUACGGAGACGCGGCGAAACCACAUGGUCAUUCACAUGCGUCAGUCUGGCUGCAAAGAAACACGGGACAGUAACAGAACUGCUCUUCAGCUUGUGGAGGUCACAAGUCGCCUCGAGGCCGUCAAGUGCAUGGCAGCCGUUGGUAGUGUCGCUGCAGCCAAGCUUGUCCUCCAACAUCGAAAGCAACAGGAAUUUGACGUCGCUUGCCUGCCACUGCCUUCCUCAAAGGGCGAGACGGAAAGGUACUCAAAUCGUAUUGAGUCGCUGGAAGAAGAUUUGCGCCGUGCUCGCUGCCAGGUCUCAGCAUCUGCAAACAUUGCUCUUGAACGCGCCUGUGCGAGCGGGCAGAUCAUACCUCGGUCAGGUGCAAGGAAGGCUGCCAUAGGAAAUAGCCUGAAAACCAACACAGCUGGAGACCAAAUUACAAUGCUGCAACCGGAACUUAACAAACUUGGAGGGAAAAACCCAGUUGCUCGCGUGCGGCUUGAUGGAGCUAAUGCGACGUCAAAGUGGCUCUGCGGAGAAGUGCGUGACGCGCCGAGGCUCCAAAAAGAUCUCUCGAGCCCACACUGUGGAUAUGGAUCGCUGCACCGUGUUUCAAAACUGGCAGUCUUUUCCAAUCUUAAGAAAAUAUCACAACUAGCUGCAGAUGGUGAUGCUGUUGAAAGUGAUCGAGUGGACGAAUGCUGUGCGGUAUACAGUCAUGAGUUACCUGAUGCUUUCAGCGAAGAAGAGAAUACACGCAAUCUUCAGAUUAAUAAUACGUGGCCUGCUGAUUGUUCGAAUUGUGAUAGUGAGAAGGUGCUUGGGGCCGCGCUCUGCGAAGGAACGUCAUCUGAUUCGCAAGUGAUACAUGGCGAUGCUAUUUGUGCGCUUCACGCGUCGUUUGCGGCGGCGCGAGCUGCACACGCAUCUGAAAUCGGUGGGCUCAAGAGCGCACUUGCGGCUGCUCGCGCAUCUUCAGCGACCACGAACAGAGACACAUCUUUUUCAAACCUUGAAACAGAGAGAAACUCCACGGAAGACCGGGACAUGAUGGUAGAAGCACUCAGACUUGAGCUCAAAGCACUCACUAGCGCGCAUGGUAGGGAAAUACAGCGCCUGAAAACAAGUCUCCAGGCGGAUGUUUCCGCAGGGGCGACAAGGAAGAUGUCGGACGACGAAUCUAAAACGAUGAUUGAGAUGCUUAGAAAUCAGCUUGAGGCUGCAGGCCUAAAACCGAUCGAUAAGGUCAUUUCCUUUGAAGAUGCGAAGGCCAAGCUCCACGCCGCUGUUCAGCGGCUCAUGCGAGGCGAAUUAGAGGCAGAGUCUGAGCUUGAGGAGUGGGAUGCGAUCAACCCGCGUGCAUUUGUGCGGGCACAUCCAGAUCACGCUCGUGAAGAAAAAGAAAAGAUCUUAGCUUGGGAGGCACGAAACACCCCGCUCAACGAAGAAGCUUUGCGAACCAUGCGGUCAUUUGUCCCAGAGGACAUUAUGACUAAUUCCAGCGCGAAGAGUCUGCUUGAGGCAGGUGUAACACCAGCUCUAGCGAGGAGGCUCAUCAAUAACCGUGCACUUUGGCUUAUUCGCGUCCACGAGGCUUCAAUUCGGCGCCUCCAUUUGGACCUCUGA